AGCAGUUUGAAGACACAUCACGAUGCAGACGAAGAAAGAUGACCACGCUUGCAGGCACGCGUGCACGCGCCAGCCGGUGGAAGCGACACCACAAGCUAAAAAGAAGCCGUGCGACGUGUGCCCGCCGUGCCAGGCGCCCUGCAACCCCCUCGCGCCGCCCACGCCGGCGGAGCGCGAGGCGGCGGCGCUGUCCGUGCGCCUGCAGCAGACCGAGGAGAGCUUCAAGGCCAAGAUCACCGAGUGCGCGGUGCUGCGCGCGGAGGUGGUGAAGCGCAAGGAGGAGGCGGAGCGCGAGCGCGGGCUGCGGGCCGAGGCGGCGGCGAGGCUCAAGGAGCUCGAGGACAAGUUCUCGCUGCUCGGUGCGCGCGCCGUGCACAUGCUCGGCGUCAAGGAGCAGGCGCUCGAGCAGGAGGUUGCGGUGAGCACGCUGAAGCAGUGCUACCGCGAGGCGCGCGAGGAGAUCGACGAGCUGCGCAUGCUGCAGGCCGAGCAGAACCUGCAGGUGCAGGACUACCGCGCCAAGUACCAACGCGCGCAGCAGACCAUCGAGGAGCAGAAGCGGCAGCUGUCGCUGCAGGACAUGGACAACCAGCGCAUCGCCGACCAGAUCAACCUCGAGAUACAGCGCAUCAAGCUGAAGUUCCAGGAGAAGCUGUCGGAGCUGUCGCCGCUGCCCGAGGUGCUGAAGCACACGCAGCGGCGCCUGAUGGAGGCGCAGCAGAGCCAGGCGCUCGCCGAGCACAAGGCCGACAACCUGGCGCGCGAGCUCAGCACCGCCAGAGAGAAGUUGCACAUGCUGCUGCACACGAUCACGAAGCCGCCGCCCGAGAAGGGCCCCGAGAAGAGCUACGACGAGAAGAUGGUGGCGCAGGCGCAGGCGCGCGCCGCGCAGCUCGCCGAGACCAACGCCUCGCUGCGCCAGGAGAUCGAGCGGCUCAAGUUGAACGUGAUCCGCAUGGAGGAGACGGUGAUGCUGACGGACAAGCGGCUGCAGGAGAAGAUGCACGAGUGCGCGGCGCUGGGCGGCGAGCUGGAGCGCGCGCGCGACCACGCCACGCGCGAGAUCCUGCUCGCCAACCAGCGGGCGGACACGGCGCGCGCCUGUCUCGAGACCACGGUGACGGAGAUGGAGCGCAAGCUGGCGGCCGCAAACAAGUCGCUCUCCACCGCCGAGCUGGACCGGGACGAGACGCAGAAGCGCAUGCAGUGCCAGCUGGCGCGGCUGGAGGAGAGCCUGGAGCAGGCGGAGCUGCGCGCGCUGGCGCUGGCGGCGCAGGCGGCGGCGCUGCGCCGCGCGGCCGGCGGCGACGACGCCGGCGCCGAGGACGGCCAGCCGCACUGCGAGUGCAAGACCUUCUUCCAGGACGCCUGACGCUAGACGCUGGCGCUGGCGCUGGGCUGACCGAAGCUGCCUGCACCACCCGAGGAUGCGUGUCACAGCGGAGUUUAGAUGCAACUCGCUCUGUCUGUAGCGAAUUCGCUACGUCUCUGUCGCGCUCUGAGGCGCUAA